CUUUUGUGCUUGAUGGAAAAAUAAAUAAAACUUGCACAACUUGUUUAACUAAUAAAGCUAAGACAAGAGCUAAUAAAAAGACUAUACUCAAUCAUAAUCAAAUUAUUGAAACAAUUCCAUUAAAUGAUUUAAAUGAAUAUAUUAUAGAGUUAAUGGACAAUCUUAAGAAUAAUAUGGGUUUAUCUUUUACAAUACAUGUUGAUGUCAAUAUGUUUGAUCAAAAUUGCAGUAUCAAGUCAAUUGCCAAUAUGACCAUCAACAAUAUUGAAGAAGGUGAUAGUUAUUCUUGGGUAUAA